GCAGUCAGGAGGACCAGCCGUGCGUGUAGCGCUGUUUCUGAACGUCUCCUCCCCUGUUUCUGCAGUGUUACUGCUUUUCCUUCUCGCUCAUCGUCUCUUGUGCCAGUGCUGGCCACCGCAAGAGUAAGACAAGACUACCAUUUGCAUAGCACCACACUCCUCUUUUUUGUCCGCCACCAUCCCUCUGCUUGAUAUCCAUCUUGUCCUGAUCCGUGUACUGUGUGGUUUGCGUCCUCUCAAUCCUUCACCAUUCAUUCACGCCUACUCUCAUGUGCAGUUCUGUUUGGUUCUUUGCGCUGUGCAGCUCAGACAGAAAAGGAUGCAUCUCCACUGUAUACAUUUCUCGGUUUUAAAAACACCUUUAAAGCCUCCUUCUUAUUGACUGUUUGGAAGAAUUUCUGACUGAUACAAGCGGGACAGAGGACAGAGUCAAUGAUUUAAUUUAUUAUUUUACGCAUCAACAAUCGCACGUAGCCUGGAGAGGAUAAAGCUGAAAACGCGUUUGGGUUCUUUGAAAAUUACUUAGCCUUGCGGAAGGUGUCGCCGCGGUGGAACAAGGGGGAUUUGAGAAGAGGAACUAAUUCAUCAGUGUUAAGUUUGCUGAUGUAGAGUAUCUGUCAGAAAAAUAGCGAAGAGGCACCGUGGAUAGCUACGCGUCAUUUCCAAGACACCAGCGCAACAAGCCAACACCAUUACACCAGUCUGCUGUGUGAAUGGCACCCGGGGUGUCUGCCUCUGGUGAACUGGUGCAGGGUAGGCUCCGUGGGUCCAGGGUCCAGCUCAGAUUCAAGGCUUUCUAGAGAUAUGAAAGAUAACUUCAUCUCCUGAGGCCACAACUUCCACACUGAGCUGACUCACUGAUAACUGCACCCAGGAACCUACAGAUGUGAAGAUCCACAGCAUCAUCAAGCCACCAUGCUAAAGCACAAGAGUUUUCUGAGUUGCUCUCCACCUUUCAGUCCGUGUAUGCUCAUUUCUGUUCUGCUGGUUCUGUUGCCGGGCGUCACACACUUUUCCCAUGGCAGCGGCGACCAUGACACCGCUGGCAGCUCACCGGGUAACUGCUCCAGUGAAGAUAACUGCUCUGACGGAGUGGUGCUGCCCAUGUGGAACCCCCAGAACCCUGCAGUGGGCGACAAGGUGGCCCGUGCCAUUGUUUACUUUGCUGCUCUCAUAUACAUGUUCCUGGGUAUGUCCAUAAUCGCCGACCGCUUCAUGUCCUCCAUUGAGGUCAUCACCUCUCAGGAAAAGGAGAUCACCAUCAAGAAACCCAACGGUGAGACGACGACGACCACGGUGCGAAUCUGGAACGAGACGGUGUCUAAUCUGACUCUGAUGGCGCUGGGCUCGUCGGCUCCAGAGAUCCUGCUGUCUGUCAUCGAGGUGGUGGGACAUGACUUUGAGGCGGGUGCUUUAGGUCCCAGUACCAUUGUGGGCAGUGCAGCAUUCAACAUGUUCAUUAUCAUUGCUAUUUGUGUCUAUGUGGUUCCAGAAAACGAAACCCGCAAGAUAAAGCACCUGCGGGUGUUUUUUGUUACUGCUGCCUGGAGUAUUUUCGCCUACAUCUGGCUGUAUCUCAUCCUGUCUGUGUUUUCCCCUGGAGAGGUGCAUGUCUGGGAGGCAGUCCUCACAUUCCUCUUCUUCCUCUGUGUGUUGCAAGCCUGGAUUGCAGACAGACGGCUGCUCUUCUACAAGUAUGUCAAUAAGCGUUACCGUGCUGACAAGACCCGUGGUAUCAUCAUUGAGUCAGAGGGAGAUGCCAUGUUCACCAAAAUGGACUUAGAGAUGGACGGCCAGGGUGUAAACUCCCACACCCACCCCAAAGAGGCUCUGGAUGGGAUGUUGGAGGGCGUGGAAGAAGGUGGAGGGAUGAGCGCAGAGCAAGACCAAGAAGAAGAGGCUCGACGAGAGAUGGCCCGGACAUUGAAGGAUUUAAAACAAAGGCACCCAGAGAAGGACAUGGAGCAGCUGAUCGAGAUGGCAAACUACCAAGUGUUAGUGCAGCAGCAGAAGAGCAGGGCCUUCUAUCGCAUCCAAGCCACACGCAUGAUGAUCGGAGCUGGGAAUAUCUUGAAGAAGCACGCCGCCGACCAGGCCAGGAAGGUGGUGAGCUGUCAUGAGGCCAGCGGUCAGGAAGAGGAUCCCAACACCAUCUACCUGCAGUUUGACCCCUCUCACUACCAGUGCUUUGAGAACUGUGGCUCGCUGAAGCUGUCAGUGACUCGACAUGGGGGAGAAAGUGGCUGCACUGUGAAGGUGGACUACCGUACCGAGGAUGGAACUGCCAACGCUGGCUCAGACUAUGAGUUUGCUGAAGGGACUUUGGUCUUCAAGCCUGGUGAGACAACAAAAGAGUUCACUGUCGGUGUUAUAGAUGACGACAUUUUUGAAGAGGAUGAGCAUUUCUACGUGCGCCUCAGUAACCCCCGCAUCGUGCACAGAGCUGAGGUCUCCGUCCUGGAGCCUAGUUCCAUCACCUCCAGUAACAGCAUGGUGGGCAUCUCCUCACACAUCCCCCCGAAGGCUGCCCUGGGCAACGCUCACACAGCCACCGUUACCAUCUAUGAUGACGACCACGCCGGGAUUUUCACGUUCGAGAGUAACUCCACGCGGGUGAGUGAGAGCAUCGGUAACAUGCAGGUGAAGGUUCACCGGACGUCUGGGGCGAGGGGGAAGGUGGCAGUGCCCUACCACACCGUUGAAGGAACCGCCAAGGCCGGGGAGGACUACGACGAAGUGUCAGGCAAGCUCGAGUUCCAGAAUGAUGAGACCAUGAAGCUGUUGAAUGUGAAGAUAAUCGAUGACGAGGAAUAUGAGAAGAACAAGACUUUUACCAUUGUGUUGGAGGAGCCCAUCUUACUGGAAGUGGGACAGAGGCACGGAGACACAAAUGACAACAAGACGGCGGUGGGACCAGAGGACGUGUCCAAGAUGGGCUGCCCCUGUCUGGGAGAGCACACAAAGCUGGAGGUGGUAAUUGAGGAGUCGUAUGAAUUCAAGAGCACCGUGGACAAACUAAUCAAGAAGACCAACCUGGCCCUGGUGGUGGGGAGCAGCAGCUGGAGGGAGCAGUUUGUUAGCGCCGUCACUGUCAGCGCAGGUGAUGAUGAUGAAGAGGAGAGUGGUGAGGAGCGUUUGCCAUCCUGCUUUGAUUACAUUAUGCACUUCCUGACAGUUUUCUGGAAGGUGCUGUUCGCCUUUGUCCCCCCCACUGAGUACUGGAACGGCUGGGCCUGCUUCUUUGUGUCCAUCUCGCUCAUUGGCGUCCUGACGGCGGUGACCGGGGACUUGGCGUCUCAUUUCGGCUGCACCAUCGGACUCAAAGACUCGGUCACCGCCGUGGUGUUCGUGGCCCUCGGCACCUCUGUUCCAGACACUUUUGCGAGUAAAGUGGCUGCCAUCCAGGACCAAUACGCCGACGCCUCCAUCGGGAACGUGACGGGCAGCAACGCCGUGAACGUGUUCCUGGGCAUCGGGGUGGCGUGGACCAUCGCUUCCGUUUACUGGCACACAAAGGGCAAGACAUUCAAGGUGAACCCCGGCUCGCUGGCCUUCUCCGUCACCCUCUUCACCAUCAUGGCGGUGGUGUGCGUGCUGGUGCUGCUCUACCGCAGGCGUCCGAGCAUUUCUGGCGGAGAGCUCGGGGGCCCACGGACAGCCAAGCUCCUCACCUUCUUCCUGUUCCUCUCCCUGUGGUUCAUCUACAUCCUGUUGGCUUCUUUGGAGGCCUACUGCCACGUGCCUGGCUUCUGAGGCAGAGGGAAAUGGACACGCCCAGCUCUUCUUGUUGUUUUUACAGUUUCCUGAACGUGUUUUCUCUCUGUUUUUGUCUAUUUUCACAAAGGUUUAUAGAUAUUUAUAUCAUUAGUUAUUAUUAAUACUGCACAAUAUCGGAUUGACUUUGAAUCUUUGGACUUUUGAACUUUACUACCACCCACUAUGCUGUGAAGGAUAGCUUUAGCCACUCACGUUUAAGAUCUUCUCCACUUCUCUUCCUUUUCAGUGUAACUUAUAGUCAUUAUCAGAUUAAACAAGCCCUUUUUCUCGUCAAACCUUUUGUCGCUUGACACAUAGAGCUACUGGCAUCACGUCCUCCAUCUGUGUGGACAGUUUUUUUAGUUUUUCAGUGUAAAGAAAGAUUACAGCAAGUAUCAAAAAGAUUUCUUGUACUUUGAAGGGUGAACAAGUAAACGUGGUGCAUGGGUUGACAUUUUACGUAUGAGGAAAGACAUUACGGAGGCAAACAUAUUUGUGUCUUGAUAUUUAUAACUCAAUCUAAACAUUAAUUAUUCAUUGUAUAUCAUGUAAAAGAUGAACAUUGUGCGUGGGAGUUUUGUGAAAGAGUAGCUGUGUUUAUUUUUGCACGCAUCAGAUUAAGAGUUUCUUGGUAAUCUAUUUUAAAGUACUGUAUGUAAUAUUUUGACAUGGCUGUUGAUGUGUUGAUGUGUUUCUGUACAUGUAAAUCACAGCUGUAUCAUAAUCUUUCACUGCCUGGUGCCCUUCCCCCAAGGAUUUCUGACACAGCCAGGGUUAAAGACACCUUUUUUACAGCAGGCAUUACAACACACAGCAGAGUUCCUGCUUGAAAUUGUACUAUGACGUGUAAAUUGUUUAAGCACAUUCAUGUUUUAUUUUGUGUGUGGUUGGUUGGUGUGUGUGUGUGUGUGUGUGUGUGUGUGUGUGUGUGUGUGUGAGACUGGUUUGUGUUUGUGUGCGUGCUCCUCUGCUCUCCAGCACAAAUCGGUGAAAGUCACGACGCCAUUUCAUCGGCGUUCCAGAAACAGUACAGAUGUUUGAAUACCAGAGGGACGCCUCUUUCCUUAUCGGUCACGCUGACACUGUGAACAUUUUUCAACAUCACCUGUAGAAGAAACGCCGCAGAGAGCAAAGGGACACUUUCUGGUUCGGUCUUUACAAUAGCACAAUACGAAACCAUCCACUCCAUCAGUUGAGGUUAAAACGUGCUUGAAGAGAAGACAUGUACAGAACUUCCUCAGAGUGUCUCCUUGUGUUGCACAGCAGUUAAUAUUCCAGUUAUUUAUUUAUUUAUUUGUUUUUUUUGUUUCUUUUUUUAAAUUAACCUAGAAUCUGUAGAGCCAUAUUUAUUGUAACAGUAUUACAGUAGAGGUAUUUAUAUGAUCCUUUCAGUUUUAUUGAUAUGCACGUUUACUGUGUAAAAAGUGAAAAUAAAUGUUGCGGAUUUAUGAUGCU